AUCGACGGGAGUGUUGUAACGGCGUGAAAGACCUUUCAUUCACAAAGAUUGGAAAAAAAAAUCGAUCAGCACGAUUUCUCGUUCGAGGUAGAACGACAUCGUUUCGCGAUCAAACUUGACGAUACUUAUUGUCAUCGAAAAUUUCGAUCAUCAGGACCUUAUGAGGACGAUAUCACGCGGUAUCCUAACCUCAUACGAUGCUUUUUGAACAUGACAGAAGACACACUGACGUCGGAAGAUUCUGCCAGGAACUUUGUUUCCAGGUGGAUUAUGGAGAGCCUCUGGCAGGGGAAUGCGCCUCCUCCAGCAUGACUCGUAUUUACCAGACGCGGUUUCUCUGCCACCGCCGCAGAUUCUUAACUCCGUCCCGGCGACCCAUCGUCAGGCCGGAUCACGGACAAUGUUUCGGAUUUCCAGCAAUGCGGUUCCACGUAGAAACAUAUCCAGAGUACGAAGAAGUGAUUAUUCCUCGGAAGUUCAUCCAGUAAAUGCUCUUUAUGCUUUUGAUUGUUGCUCAGAAAGCCUUGAUUAUGAUAUUGGCUUUCGGGCAAUAAUCAUAAUCACAAAAGGGCAGAACCUCAACUCUGCCUGUUGCCGAUGGCACCUGUUACUUCAAGAAAGUUGCUUCAGCACAGCAGCUUCAGACUUUAUUUCUUCUCGACAACAAAUCAUAGGAUUAAAGAAGGAAUAUUUCUUCCUCUGAAACAUACAAAUUAAGAAUAUUGUUAGUGAUGUGCAAAUAUUUCUGUUUAUGAAGAAUUUUUAUUUUAUAUUC